GCCGCUACUAUAAUGUAUUAUGUUUCACAAACCUCGUGUUUAUAUUAUUAUAUUUUUAAUUGUGGUGUUUUAGAAUAUACAUGGGUGAGAUAAACUGGGUGUGCAGAAAAUGUGGAUCUAAAUCAUCAGUGGUGGAUGCCUCCACCCAAACCCCAGCAGAUUACGUAGUAUCAUUCCAAGAUUUGAGUUUCUCUCACAUGUGCCCUUUGCCGAAUACGAAUAGCGAGAGGCCGUUCGUGUUUACUGAUUGGAAUCAAAUGGGCAGAGUUUUGCGGCAAAUCGCUGAUGAUUUACACAGGAUAUCAACAACUGAUUUGAAUUCAUCAUCUAUAGAAGAAGUUCAGAUGGACCAGUCGUCAUAUUGCACGCCAUACAGCCGACAUAGCGUCCCAGAUGGAGUUUACUAUCGACGUUGUUAGUAUGUUGUUUUUUUUCUAUUUUAAACGAGCUCACCCUACCUGUUACAAAAACGGUUUCCUCUUGUAUUCAUCAGCAAUUUGAUUUAAGUUAUACGGGCUAUGACGCAUUUUGCAGGUGUUUCAAUAAGGUCCUUCUCUCUGGGGACGUUACUUUUUAUAUUUCUCUGCGUUUAGAGUAAUUUUAUGUUAUUAUGUUUUUUUUAUUUUAUCACCCCAUUUAUUGUAUGUUUUGUAUAAUAAUAAUACAGGGUGCUAUUUAUUUAAAGACAUUUUAAAAAUUAAAAUCUCACUAUCUUUGUAUUGCCAUUUUUACACAUACAAAGGGUGUUUUUAUUUAUGUUUUAUUUAUUGAAUUUGUUUACUAAUC